AUGUCGUUUAAAUUCAAUAAGAAAGCCUUAGUAACAGGUCUGAGCUGUGUGGAAGCGGAUAAACGUAUAGUUUACGCACAAACGAUCAAGAGAAUAUCAUCACAGAAUGCAGUUUUGGUGGACGGAAAUAUUUUUUGCGUCGACAUUGGAGCAGCUGCUUUAAAGAAACAAUCGAAAACAGAAAAAGGCUGGUUACCUGAAGAAGUGGAAAAUGCAGGCAUAAUUCCCGGCACGAUAAUUACAGUAAACAGCAAAGAGCGAUAUGUUAAAACCGAGGUUUGUACAUUUAUAGACUUCAGCAUUUUACUUAACCACAAAACCAAAAUAAAGAAAAAUUAACUGGCUUCCAAUUGAAGGUAAUUCGCAAUUUUGACAUGUUGCUAUUUUUCAUUUGUUUUAUGUAAAUCAUGUUUUAAUUUCGUCCUUUUCAUAUCAACAAUUUACAUACAUUUAGUGCUGCAAUUUUUUUCAGGAUUAAAUGAGCAGUUAAAUAUGAAAUGCGAGAGGUUAUUUUUUCUCAAAUUUUACAUCCGUUUUUGUUUUUAUUCAAUUUUUUUGCUUUGAAUUUUGUAAUAGGAUGUUACUGACACAAGAAACGGAAAACGGAAAACGGGAAACGAGAAAUUAAAAUAUGGGAACAAAACCUAGUUUUAUCCUUAGCCCUUCUUACGCACCAUAAAUAGUUUAUUCCAGCACCUUAUGGGCGCCUUUAAGUAUUUUUUAAAUGCUUUUAAAAACUUUUUGUCUCUCGCCAUUUACAUACAUUUAGUGCUGCAGUUUUUUAAGGAUUAAAUGAGCAGUUAAAUAAGAAAUGCGAGAGGUUAUUUUUUUUUCCUAAAUUUUACAUCCAUUUUUGUUUUUAUUCCAUUUUUUUGGUUUGAAUUUUUUAAUAGGAUGUUACUGACACAAGAAACGGAAAACGGGAAAUUGAAAUAUGGGAACAAAACCUCAUUUUAACCCUAUCCCUUUUUACGCACCAUAAAUAGUUUAUUCCAGCACUUUAUGGCGCCUUUAAGUAACUUUUAAAUGCUUUUAAAAACUUUUUGUCUCUCGCCAUUUACAUACAUUUAGUGCUGCAACUUUUUAAGGAUUAAAUAGGCAGUGAAAUAAGAAGUGCGAGAGGUUAUUUUUUCUCAAAUUUUACAUCCCUUUUUGUUUUUAUUCUAUUUUUUUUGCUUUUAAUUUUGUAAUAGGAUGUUACUGACACAGGAAACGGAAAACGGAUAACGAGAAAUUGAAAUAUGGGAACAAAACCUAAUUUUAACCCUAGCCCUUUUUACGCACCAUAAAUAAUUUAUUCCAGCACUUUAUUGGCGCCUUUAAUUUUUUAAAAUGAUUUUAAAAACUUUUUGUCUCUCGCCAGCAUGAGGUGGUUGAUCACUUGAAGCUGCUCAAGUUGCAGGCGUUCCAGCUAUUUUGUCCCGCGUUAGAGACUGCAUCAGAGAACAAUCUCUCAGAGAGCGCAUACCCAAGCGCCUUUAUUGACCAGACACGGCGCCUUUGCUGCGCGACUCAACCGACUCCAAACUUACGUUUGGUGCUGUGUAAAAACGUAUCACUGAUCUACAAUAAAACUAAGGGACAAGUAGAAGCCACAGUUGUAGCCGUGGACAUUGUUAAAUUGGAACAGUCCGGGAGGUUAGUCACAACUUCCGUUCAACAAACUGUAACUGCUAAAGUAAAUUGCCAAGCUUUUCUGUGCAAGGUUGGGCCUCACAAUCCUGGUCCUAUAUGUUUUAGCCCCGCUAUCGCUCUAGUAAAGAUGGGGGAUGAGGAUGUUCCUCCACCACAGCCUCGAUCAUGGGCAGAGAUCGAAACUCUACUUGUUUGUUAA